AUGUGUUUGAUCAGAGCCGGCGGCGAGGGCUCUUACCUGAGUGGUGGCUCUCUUUGGAGUGGUGGCUAUCGCUGGAGUCGUAGCUCUCGCCGGAGUGGUGGCUCUAUUUGGAGUGGUGGCUCUCCUAGGCAUCGUAGCUCUCGCUGGAGUCGUAGCUCUCGCCGGAGUGGUGGCUCUAUUUGGAGUGGUGGCUCUCCUAGGCGUCGUAGCUCUCGCUGGAGUCGUAGCUCUCUUUGGAGUGGUGGCUAUCGCUGGAGUAGUGGCUCUCGCUGGAGUGGUGGCUCUCUUUGGAGUGGUGGCUCUCUUUGGAGUGGUGGCUCUCUUUGGAGCGGUGGCUCUCUUUGGAGUCGUAGCUCUCUUUGGAGUGGUGGCUCUCCCUGGAGUCGUAGCUCUCUUUGGAGUGGUGGCUCUCCCUGGAGUCGUAGCUCUCUUUGGAGUGGUGGCUAUCGCUGGAGUAGUGGCUCUCGCUGGAGUGGUGGCUCUCUUUGGAGUGGUGGCUCUCUUUGGAGUGGUGGCUCUCCUAGGCGUCGUAGCUCUCGCUGGAGUCGUAGCUCUCUUUGGAGUGGUGGCUCUCCCUGGAGUCGUAGCUCUCUUUGGAGUGGUGGCUCUCUUUGGAGUGGUGGCUCUCGCUGGAGUGGUGGCUCUCGCUGGAGUGGUGGCUCUCGCUGGAGUGGUGGCUCUCUUUGGAGUGGUGGCUCUCUUUGGAGUGGUGGCUCUCUUUGGAGUGGUGGCUCCCAUGAGGGUGGCCCAUUUCCAGUUUGGUGCGACGACUUUCGACCACAGAAUUUAAUGGUCGAUAAAGCUGAAAAAGUCGUUGGGGUGGUGGAUUGGGAGUUUACAGCCGUCGAAGAAUUACGAGAGAUAUAA